AUGAGGGCCAUCUUGUUCAGAUUCAGUACCUAUUCAAAAUUUGCAGAGAAACUGUAAAAUACCAAAUUUGCUACCAUUUACAAUUAUGAAACUCAAGUUAAGCCUGCCCUAAGUAUCUAUGAAUCCAUGGGAUUUAAUGAAUAAAUGAUCUUCAGAAUUUUCAAGAACAGAGGUCUUUCUCUUGUCAAGGGCAAUACUGCUAAUGACAUUGAAUAAUUGAGCGAACUAUUCAAAUCUAGAUUGAAUGCAGAAGCGAAAUAAAUGCGAACCAUCCUCUUUAAAGAUCCAUAAAUAUUGAGUCAUCCUAUUGAUAAAAUGAAUAAUUACUUAGACCUUUUUGAAAAGCAACUACAAAUGAGCAAAGAAGACAUUUUAUCCAUGUUGACAGCAUACCCUCUAUUAAUGAGAAACUUUGAAGUUAAUUAUGAAAAUUUCAGGAAUGUCUUCAAUACCUAUGCUCAUGUGAGUGACAAACAAUUUGGAUAAGUAUUGGUCAACACUCCAUUCCUAUUUUCAUUCAAUCUUGAAAGAAUACCACCUAAUUUUAGAGUUAUGUAUAACAGGGAAUAUAAAACUAAGGAAAUCUAGGAAUUGAUUCAAAAAACUUCAGAGUUUCUAGCCCUUAAAAAUCAUGAUCUAGAUAGAUUAUUAAAUCAUUAUGAUGUUCUAAUUCCAAAUAAAGAAGUCUAACAUCAAUUGCUAAUUAAUAAUCAUAAAUUAUUACUCUUAACACCAGCUUAUAUGUUGAGUCCGAAGAUCAAUUUAUUCAAAGAAAUUGGGUUAUCAAUUAACUAGGUAGGACAGCUCUUGUAGAUGUGUCCAAAUUUAUUCUUAAAGAGUGUUUAAACAUUGAAAUUGAAAUUGAAGUUUUUUGAAAAGCAUAUGAAUGUUAAAAUCAAGGAUGCUCCAUAUUUUCCUCACAUUUUAGAGUUUGAUUAUUGGACAGUGUUACGUCCCAGGAUUGGUGAUUUUGAAUAAUCUAGAGAAUGUAAUGGAUAAUCUAAAAAUGAGUCAAGAAGAUUUCAUUAAGAAAAAUACCAAGAAUUAUUGAAUGAAGCACCAACUAAAAAGAAAGUUGAUGCAGACUUCAUGAUAAGAAAAUACCAUAGAUAUUGUCAUGACAGAAUAUAAUUAUUACAUUGAGGUAUCAUAUCUAAUUGUUAUUUAUUUGACAA